AUGCUAUCCAGCAGAAAGUUGAGCCAUCAUCGGUUCUUCUGUUGUUCGAGGGUGUACUUCAAUGAUUUUGUCAGGCAGUGGAACAGACGCUCCGAGGUGGCUCUUCCAUACACAGAACCACUAGUUCACUUUGCACUGGUAUGUGGAAGCCGAUCAGGCCCUGCACUUAGAUGUUACUCUCCCGGAAACAUUGAUAAAGAACUAAUGGAAGCUGCACGUGAUUUUCUGAGGACCGGUGGGCUCAUUAUCGACAAAGAAGCCAAGGUGGCAUCAGUCAGCAAAAUUCUUCGGUGGUAUAGUGUAGAUUUCGGUAAGAAUGAGAUGGAAAUGCUGAAACAUGCAGCUAAUUAUUUAGAGCCAUCAAAAACAGAGGAAUUGUUGGAGUUGCUUGUGAGCAAUCAGUUGAAGGUUACAUACCUGCCUUAUGAUUGGGGCUUGAAUUGCUAGUCCUUCAUACCUUUUCUUUUUAGCUAUUUAUACCAGAGAGACUAUACAAAACACGUCGUAUUGACUCGACCGUCAAUUUUACAGAGUCAAUUAAUAAUGUUGGGAGGGGACUUGUAUGAACUUCCAAACUUUAGCUGUAAUUGAAUAUAUCAUAGAAUUUACCCUUGGUUUAAAUUGAAG